AUGGCCCUUGAGCCCGCUGGGCCCCUCACCCCACGCCAAUCCAAAGUCGUCGGCGCCCUGCUCGGCCUCCACGCCGGCGACUCCCUUGGCGCCAGUUUCGAGUUCAAAUGCCACACCCAGAUACGCACCGCAUAUCCCAAUGGCCUCCGUGACAUCGUAGGCGGCGGACUACUCUCUUGGCCGGCCGGCCAUGCCACCGACGACACAGACAUGACGCGCGCCGUGCUCCUUGCUUACCGUAAGCUCCAUGACAGCUCACAGCAAGAUGUCGCCGUCCUCGCGGGGGAGCUUUUCCUGAGCUGGUACAGGGGAGAUUGGCCUGGAAGGAAACCCGGCUCGCGGCCCAGAGAUGUGGGAUUGGCCACAAGAGCAGGGCUGCAGAAGUUCUCAAAGACGCGUGAUCCUGAAAAGGCUGGCGCGGGUGAGGGAAAGGCAGGCAACGGCAGUUUGAUGCGAUGUCUGGCAACGGGGCUAUUCCAGAGUGAUCCAGACAGGCUAGUGGAGGAGAGCAUGCGGAUAAGCAUGAUUACGCACAACGACGAGCGGUGCACGAUUGCGUGUGCAGUGUAUAACCAUAUCGUUGCGGCUCUGAUACGAGACACAAGUCCAGAAAUCGCAGUUGAUGCCGGAGAAAUGUUGGCAGAGAGGCUUGAGAAGGGGAAAGACGGGCCUGUGCUGAAGGCUGUGAGACUUGCAAGGACGGUGUCUAUCGCGCGGAUGGCGAGGUAUGGUCCCGACCGGAGCGAAUUGAAGGGUGCGUGUAGCGGGUUUGUGCUGGAGACAUUGACGUUGGCGAUAGCGGCGGUGUUGGAUAAGAGGCCCUUGGAGGAUGUGCUGGUCGACGUUGUGAGGAUAGGCAACGAUACAGACACAAAUGGUGCCGUGGCGGGAGGGCUAUUGGGCGCGAGGGAUGGUGUUGAUGGCGUGCCGGAGAGGUGGAGGGCCAAGUUGCAGUUUGGGGAGGAGUUUAUGAGGGUUGGGCUUGAGUUGACGCCUGAAUAA